UCUCAACCCAGCCCCAUGAAGUUCCCUGGCGGUUUUGCCUGUGACUUUUACAGUAUAGAAGUGGAGUCAACCUCUUCUAUGCCCUCUGGUGGAACUAAAGAAAGAGAGGAGCAGAAUAAGAUGCCGCAGCUUCCGUCUAAGAUCCCUUCCAGGAUUGCCCAAAUCCGCCUUGUCAGUCGCCAUCCCGAGGUUUACGAGCCGUGCGAUGAUUCAUUUGCACUGGUUGAUGCACUACUAGCUGAUCGGGCAAACCUGUUGGAGCACCAGCCGAGGUUGUGUUUGGAAGUGGGUUGUGGGAGUGGCUAUGUAAUCACAUCACUCGCCAUCAUGCUCGGCCAAGAAGGCAGUGGGUCCCACUUCUUCGCAACUGACAUUAACCCGCAUGCGGUGCAAGUGACCCACGAGACUUUAUGGGCCCAUGGGGUCCAUGCUGAGGUGAUCUGCACAGACAUCGCAUCAGGACUUGGGAAGCGCUUGGCAGGGAUGGUAGAUGUGGUGGUUGUGAACCCUCCUUACGUGCCUACUCCUGAAGAAGAAGUUGGUUGUGACGGGAUCACUGCUGCUUGGGCAGGUGGGGAGGAUGGGCGCACUGUCAUUGACAGGAUCCUACCCAUCGUUGAUGAGCUCUUGUCAGGUAAGGGCUGGCUGUAUAUGGUCACGCUCACGGCCAAUAACCCUUCGCAGAUUUGCCGUGUAAUGAGAGAACGGGGCUACGCAUCUCGAAUCGUCGUGCAGAGGUCAACAGAGGAAGAGAGUCUCCAUGUUAUCAAGUUUUGGAGGGAUGCUGAUCUGGAAGCAAAGGAGGGGAACUCAAACAGAACAGUUCCUGCGGGCACGGAUUCAUGGCUGUCGCAAUUUCCCCGUCUGUCGUUCUGGUAGAACAACAACAGCAACCACAGCUGAAUGAAAUGGGAUUUGGAAAACAAACAUUCUGAUUGAUUGCAUCUCUGUUGGUGCUUGAUCUGAUUUAUUGUGCAGUUAUUCUUUCCCCAGAUAGUCAAAUUGGGGGGGUGCUGUUUUGCGCCCAUGACGGUGGCUUUGAUCACAUCUGACUUGGGUUCGUAUGCUUAUCUUGUUUCUGCUUUGGCAUUCAAUUCAAAUAUCAUAUAGGCCUUUUGUCA